AUGGCCAACGGAGUGAUCCCGCCGCCCGGGGGCGCCUCCCCCCUACCCCAGGUCCGGGUGCCCUUGGAGGAGCCCCCUCUGAGUCCAGACCUGGAGGAGGAGGAUGAUGACUUGGGCAAGACCUUGGCUGUGAGCAGGUUUGGGGACCUCAUCAGCAAGCUCCCGGCCUGGGACCCUGAGAAGCCCAGCCGCACCUACAGCGAGCGGGACUUUGAGUUUCACCGGCACACAUCCCACCACACCCACCACCCGCUCUCGGCGCGCCUGCCUCCACCCCACAAGCUGCGGCGACUGCCCCCCACCUCUGCCCGGCAGACCAGGAGGAAGAGGAAGAAGGAGAAAACCUCGGCUCCCCCCUCGGAGGGGACCCCUCCCAUCCAGGAGGAGGGGGGAGCCGGAGUGGAGGAGGAGGAGGAGGAGGAAGAGGAGGAAGAGGAAGGGGAAUCUGAGGCAGAACCUGUGGAGCUCCCGCCCUCGGGGUCCCCACAGAAAGCAAAGUUCUCCAUUGGAAGUGAUGAGGACGACAGUCCUGGCCUCUCUGGGAGGGCUGCCUUCAGCAAGCCCCUGCCCUCCGUGGGCCCUUGCCCUGAAAAGAGCCCCCAGCAGUCAGUCAGCUCCUCAAGCCCCCGGGCCCGGGUCUCCCGAGUCGCUGGGGAGAAGAGCCGGCCCUGGAGCCCGUCGGCCAGCUAUGACCUGCGGGAGCGGCUGUGCCCAGGCAGCGCCCUGGGCACCCCAGGUGGCCCGGAGCAGCAGGUGCCCACUGACGAGGCGGAGGCCCAGAUGCUGGGCUCCGCGGACCUGGACGACAUGAAGAGUCACCGGCUGGAGGACAACCCUGGGGUGCGGCGGCACCUUGUGAAGAAGCCGUCGCGGACGCAGGCUGGGAGGGGCAGCCCCGGGGGCUUGGCACCCAUCCUGCGCAGGAAGAAGAAGAAGAAGAAGCUGGAUCGGAGGCCUCAUGAGGUGUUUGUGGAGCUGAACGAGCUGACACUGGACCGUAGCCAGGAACCCCACUGGCGGGAGACGGCACGCUGGAUCAAGUUUGAGGAGGAUGUGGAGGAAGAGACAGAGCGCUGGGGGAAGCCCCACGUGGCCUCGCUCUCCUUCCGCAGCCUUCUGGAGCUCAGGAGGACCAUCGCCCAUGGAGCUGCCCUCCUGGACCUGGAGCAGACCACUCUGCCGGGGAUCGCCCAUCUCGUGGUGGAGACCAUGAUCGUGUCUGACCAGAUCCGUCCGGAGGACAGGGCCAGCGUCCUGCGCACCCUCCUGCUGAAGCACAGCCAUCCCAAUGAUGACAAGGACAGUGGCUUCUUUCCCCGAAACCCAUCCAGCUCCAGCGUGAACUCGGUCCUGGGGAAUCAUCACCCCACCCCCAGCCACGGACCUGACGGCGCAGUGCCCACCGUGGCUGACGACGUGGGGGAGCCAGCCCCACUCUGGCCUCAUGACCCUGAUGCCAAGGAGAAGCCUCUCCACAUGCCUGGGGGAGACAGUCACCGGGGAAAAAGUCUGAAGCUGCUGGAGAAGAUCCCCGAAGAUGCUGAGGCUACUGUUGUGCUCCUGUUUCAUGAGGCUGCCUACCAGGCGGACGACCGGCAGGACCUCCUGAGCGCCAUCAGUGAGUUCCUGGACGGCAGCAUCGUGAUUCCUCCAUCCGAGGUGGAGGGCCGUGACCUGCUGCGCUCCGUGGCCGCCUUCCAGAGGGAGCUGCUGAGGAAGCGGCGGGAGCGUGAGCAGACUAAAGUGGAGAUGACCACCCAGGGAAGCUGUGUGGCCCCUGGGAAAGAGCUGUCGGUGGAGCUGGGGGGCUCCGAGGCGACCCCCGAAGAUGACCCCCUGCUGCGGACUGGCUCGGUGUUUGGGGGGCUUGUGCGAGAUGUGAAGCGUCGGUACCCACACUACCCCAGUGACCUGCGAGACGCCCUGCACUCCCAGUGCGUGGCAGCCGUACUGUUCAUCUACUUCGCUGCCCUCAGCCCCGCCAUCACCUUCGGGGGGCUGCUAGGAGAGAAGACUGAGGGGCUGAUGGGCGUGUCCGAGCUGAUUGUGUCUACCGCGGUGCUUGGGGUCCUCUUCUCCCUGCUGGGGGCCCAGCCGCUGCUCGUGGUUGGCUUCUCAGGGCCGUUGCUGGUCUUCGAAGAAGCCUUCUUCAAGUUCUGCCGAGCCCAGGACCUGGAGUACCUCACCGGCCGGGUGUGGGUUGGCCUCUGGCUGGUGGUCUUUGUCCUUGCCCUGGUGGCCGCUGAAGGCAGCUUCCUGGUCCGCUAUAUCUCACCUUUCACCCAGGAGAUCUUCGCUUUCCUCAUCUCGCUUAUUUUCAUCUACGAGACCUUCCACAAGCUCUACAAGGUGUUCACGGAGCACCCAUUGCUGCCAUUCUACCCCCCCGGGGGGGCAUUGGAGGCUGGGCUGGAGCUGAACGGGAGUGCUGUGCCCCCCACCGAGGGGCCGCCUGGCCCGAGGAACCAGCCCAACACGGCUCUGCUGUCCCUCAUCCUCAUGCUUGGGACCUUUCUCAUUGCCUUCUUCCUGCGAAAGUUCAGGAACAGCCGCUUCCUGGGAGGCAAGGCUCGCCGCAUCAUUGGGGAUUUUGGCAUCCCCAUUUCCAUUCUGGUGAUGGUCCUAGUGGAUUACUCGAUUACAGACACCUACACACAGAAGCUGACGGUGCCCACAGGGCUCUCGGUGACGUCCCCCCAUAAGCGCACGUGGUUCAUCCCACCCCUGGGCAGUGCCCGUCCUUUCCCGCCCUGGAUGAUGGUAGCAGCUGCUGUCCCCGCCCUGCUGGUCCUCAUCCUGAUCUUCAUGGAGACACAAAUCACUGCGCUCAUCGUCAGCCAGAAGGCCCGGAGGCUGCUCAAGGGCUCCGGCUUCCACCUGGACCUGCUGCUGAUUGGCUCCCUGGGUGGGCUCUGCGGGCUGUUUGGGUUGCCCUGGCUCACGGCCGCCACUGUCCGCUCGGUCACUCACGUGAACGCCUUGACGGUUAUGCGCACUGCCAUUGCACCUGGCGACAAGCCCCAGAUCCAGGAGGUGCGGGAGCAGCGGGUCACUGGAGUGCUCAUCGCCAGCCUCGUGGGCCUGUCCAUCGUCAUGGGGGCUGUGCUGCGCCGGAUCCCGUUGGCCGUACUCUUUGGGAUUUUCCUGUACAUGGGGGUCACAUCACUGUCCGGUAUCCAGCUGUCCCAGCGUCUGUUGCUUAUCCUCAUGCCUGCAAAACACCAUCCCGAGCAGCCCUAUGUGACCAAGGUGAAGACGUGGCGGAUGCACCUGUUCACCUGCAUCCAGCUGAGCUGCAUCGCCCUGCUCUGGGUGGUCAAGUCCACAGCGGCCUCACUCGCGUUUCCCUUCCUGUUGCUGCUCACGGUGCCUCUGAGGCGCUGCCUUCUGCCCCGGCUCUUCCAGGACAGGGAGCUGCAGGCGCUGGACUCGGAAGAUGCUGAGCCUAACUUUGAUGAGGAUGGCCAGGAUGAGUACAACGAGCUGCACAUGCCUGUCUGACCCUCCACCGUGGUGCCCCUCAGAGACCCCGACACCUUAGUGAUCCACACCUGGGCCCCAGGCAGAGCCCAGCCCUGGGGCCAGCGGGUGCCUCCCAACCCAGAGACGUGCCUGGAGCCAGCCACUCACGCCAUGGCCAGAGCGGCCCGCUGACUGCCCCGGGCACUGACCUGGGCUCACCCAGGCCCUUUCACAGACCAGACCGGCACAGGCUUUGAGCUCAUUAUAACCACAC